AGUACAAAUUAGUGCUGCUUUCAUUAUUAUUAUUAUUAUUUUUGGGAAACAGUGAAGGCAGUUUCACUGCUCACUAAACUGGAACGGUGGCAACGCCUUGCGUUUAUCGCCGAUCACGGUCUCCGUCUACCUCCAGCGACCUGUCUCACCGUUGCAACCGGUUUAGGCGCCGCUCUCUAUACCUGCUAUCAUCGUAUCCUCACCGCUAUACGCACCGACAUAUCCUCAGCGACACGCGUUGUCAUCGACGACAAUUACUCACCUGCUGCAAAGACAAUUGAGUCUUUGACGGAAGCAAUUAAGCCACCCAUAUACCCCCACAACAUACACGCAAUACACAAUACUCACCCAUUAUCCCUGUAGUCUAUAUAGGGUUAUUUCUAGAUAUUUACGAAACUCCACGCAUCAUGGGAGCCUUUCUCGCGGCGCUGAAGGAGUUCUUCUCGAGCGGCAAGAAGCUGGAAAUGUGCCUCGUCGGCUUGGAAAACAGUGGCAAGACAACACUGUUGAACGUACUCGCGGUGGGCCACCCGAUCGAAACCUUUCCCACCGUCGGGUUGAAUGUGAAGGUGGUUCGAAAGGAGGGCGUGCAGCUGAAGGUGUGGGAUCUUGGCGGCCAGGAGCGCUUCCGCCACGAGUGGCCGCGCUACACCCAAGGGUGCGACUGCGUUAUCUACUGUGUCGACGCGAGCGACUACCAACGCGCCGAGCUGGCUGGGCGAGAGCUGCACAAACUCCUCAGCGACGCGGCGCUCCACAAGCUGCCGCUGCUCAUCUGCCUGAAUAAAAUCGACCUAGACCCUCACAUGAGCAAGGAGGACUGCAUCGAGCUGCUGGAGCUGACCAGCAUCGACACGAAUCCGUGGGUGGUCACGCCCAUUUCCGCCCUCAAGCAGACAAAUAUUAAUGAGGUCGUGAACUGGCUAGUGAAGAACUCGCACGAUUGA